AUGAUCGACCGGCUCAUGCAGCCAUCCACCGAGCGAGUCGCUGACCAGACCUGGACCUUCCUCCGUACGUUAAUGCUCGUUGAUUGGUUCAAGCCAUCAACCCUUACUUCUAAUUUUGUGACAUUCGAGCGCAUCGAAGACUACCUUAGCACAGUCUACGGACGAAUCCCUCUCGAGGUUGACAGCGACGAGACCGGAGAUGCGGCACAACUUAUGGCUGACCUGUUCUAUCCCGCCCUGUCCCGUGUCUUCAAGUCUGAUGAAAAGGGAACUCCGGAAUCUCGUGGACAAGUCAUAGCACUGGUCACGUUCAACUCGAAACCGCGUAUUGUUAGCUACGGCAUGUGGACCAGCGACGCAGUGUCUUCUCGCCGUCUCUGGCUGGUGCUCGUGCCCCUGCUCGUGCCCCGAGCGCAACCCGUAGGCUCCGAGACCGUUGCUCUGUGGCAGGGGCUCCUGCCUGAGGAGAGAGGGGUUAUAUCUGCUGAAGAAGAGACGGGGAAACGCCUCUGCGACGGGGCGCUCUAG